UCGAUUUAAGUUCCAGCUCUAUGAGGGAAGCAAAACAUUAUUAUUUUCGUCGUUUUUAUUUUUUGAUUAUAUAGAAAAGUCAGUGGUCGAGGAACAUGUGAAAGUGGAAAAGCGACAGAGCUUUUCAAGCAGAGUGUAAGUGCAUACAGGUUGAACCCAAAACCGACGCAUAUUUUUGCGAAAGUGCAAAGCAGACGGCGAGAGUGUGAAAAGGCAGCGAAAAGAGAAUAGAGAAAAAAUAUAGCAGCCAGUUUCUCCUGGGCGUGAGUGUGUGUGCGUGUGCCAUAUUGUUAAAUAAGGCAAAUAUAGUAAAAUAAACGUAGAAAAAACAGCAACAACUAUGCAUCAGCAGUACCAGCAGCAGCAACAACAACAGCAGCAGGGUAACCUUGUUGGCUACAACAACAAAAUGAACGUCUUGCCCAAUUACACGCUCAGCGGAAUGAGCUCCUUUGAUGCCGAAUCGCUGCCAGAUUAUUCAGAAUUUGAUUCCGAAUCGGUAACCCUGGACUAUUACAAGGAAAGAUGUUGAACGGGCUGCUUCCGCCAGCAAUUUGAAAUUGAAAACGCAUUGGAUAAACCUUAGCGCGCAAACCAAAAGCAAUAAAACGCCAAUUGAAGCAUUUAUAUUAGAUUGUUAAAGCCAACCGGCGUAGCAUUUACUUGCCUGCCCCAAAAAAGUAAAAAAAAACAAAAAGAAAAGAAAAGAAACCCUUCCAACAUCCCACUAAGCAAAACUAACCAAGAAACGCAUUGAAACGCAUUCCAAUUAGUAGCUGCGGGCAGCACAUUGCCUGCAUAUACAUAGUCGAUAAGUGUUCUACGUCCACCAGCGGAGAAAAUGGCGCCGACCACGACGAUUGAGACCAUCACAAUCACGAGGCCGCUGAAGGUGAUUGCAUUUAUCUGCGGCGUCAUCGUGGUGGCCCUCAUGAUUAUGGCUCUGGCGUCCACAGAUUGGUUAAUGGCCUCAGACUGGCGGCAAGGUCUCUUUGUGCACUGCAUCGAGGAUGAUUCGGUGCCGCCGCUGCCAUUCAAUAUCCAGGAUCCGCCAGGAUGCUACUGGACCCGCGAUGUCGGCUACAUUAAGGCCACAGCCGCUCUGUGCAUCAUCACGCUGAUAACGGACGUCAUUGCCACAGUACUGACAGGUCUGGGCCUCCGGACGCAGAAUCAUAAUCUAAAGUAUAAGUUCUAUCGUAUAGCAGUAUUGGUGAUGCUUGUAUCCUUGCUGGCCGUAUUGUCCGCCUUGAUCGUAUAUCCAGUAUGCUUUGCCGGCGAACUAACCAUGGCCAAUCGACGAGUCUGGGAAUUUGGCUGGGCCUAUGGCGUCGGCUGGGGUGCGGCCAUCUUUCUAUUUGGGGCCGUUGUCCUGCUGCUCUGCGACAAGGAGUCGGAGGAGAUCUACUAUAAGGAAAGGAAAAUCGUACAUGAAAACCAAAUGCGCGCCUAGGCAAGGCCGCACGACCUGCCUGACGUCGUUCUGUAGAAUAAGUAUAUAGCAACCAACCAACAACACACACAGACACACAUAGAUUUCGAUUUAAAUCAGACUCAAGAACAGAAGCAAUUUGCAGCUAAGCGAAUGUGUUACAAUUAUGAUUGUGUAUAUCAUGACCAUUUCAAACCAAAAAUCCGUAGCCAUCUUAUAAACCACCCCCCACCCACCAUCUUAUAGUACUCGGCAUUUGUUUAGAUGACGUUACACCCAAUGAGUUGAUUUUGUGUUCGUUCGUUUCGAAAGGUAAUCGUAGACAAGCCACAAACACACGACCCACAUCUAUCAUGUAGUCAGUCAGUCAGUCAGUCACAUGUAUGUACGUCUAGGAAUUCUGAAAGUUAAUCGCAUUAACCAAAAACCCCUACAUAUAUACAACUGCAUGCCACAUGAGUUCCCCAGCAUUGUAGGCAACUUUUAGAGCUUGCUUUUCCGUAGAAAACUGAGAGCAGGUGCCAGUUGAAAUUAGACCUCUUACAAUAUUGUACUCAUACUCGUACUCAGCUACAUUAUACAUAGCAAUGUACUCCCCAUGUAUCUCAAUCCUAAUCGUGAGCAGAAUCCAAAUUAGAAUUUGUAUAUGAACGUAAUCGAGGGAAUAGGUGUAACCACGACAUAUAAAGCCACAAUGUCAGCCACAUCGUCAUUGUCAACGUUUCAUGCCGAUUACGCUUUCAAAAUAUUUGUUCUCCAUUUGUGCUCCAUAUGUAUAUCCGUUUCGAAUAUUAUAAAUUAUGUGUUUGUCCCAGUGUUUUGCGCGAUACACAACACCAAAUGUACUCGAAUAUAUGUGUUGCUCUUUUACCUUUUGUAAAAUAGUUUUACCAAACCAGUCCAGUACUCAGCUUGUACUUGUACUAAUGUCCCCGAGCCGUUCAGUUAUAUGUUUUAAGCCAAGCCGACUUUUAAGUAUAAUCACUCGUUUGUAAACUCCUAUUUUGUAAUAAUUUAUUGAUACCUGUGUUCUUACCACAACCGAAAACAUAUCACACGCAACUGACAGCAAUAAAAACGUUUUUGACACCUUUUGUUAACAAUUUAAGAACAUAUAUUUUUUUCUUUUUUUUUUAAUUUUUUCCAUAUACGAUAAGUUUGUUUAAGUUGUAAACCAGCAUAAGGUAUGAGUAUUGGCGAUAUCGCAACAACUAUAACUAAGCCAUCCUUUUUCAUAAUUCAACGUUAUCUCUGGAUUUGUUAGUUUAUUAGCAAAUCAUUCGAAUUCGUCCAUCACAUCUCGCAAUCAGAACAUAAUUAUGUUUCGUUCGUUUUCGUUUUUAAUGAGAAGAUUUUGAUUCAACGCCGAAAUGAAGCGAAGCAAAUGCAACCAAAAUUAAAUGCGACCUAAAUUACAACAAUACAAAGGGAAUAUAUAUGCUUGAACAUCCAUAUAUCCAUAUAUAUAUGAAGACAUUGAACAAAUCGUAGGCAGGAACGUGCGGUGAAAAAAAGACGAAACAAAAACAAUUAUAGCGAGUAUAAAGACGACAAUUAUACCAAAACCAAUUGAAUUAAUUAAACUAUGCUUACAUACACGCAUGUUUAUAUAUAUAUAUAUAUAUAUAUAUAGUUAUAUAUAUAUAAGUUUAAAGUAUGUAACAAUUAAUGCAAUUAAAAAACAAAACAAAAGGGAAUAAGUAAGAAGCAACCUAUAACUAACGAAACAAUUAUACUCCAAAAAAACGAAACUCUACGAAACGUUACAGUUUUCCAUUGUGUAACUAACCAACACAUGAGCGAGGAUCAUUUUGUUUUAACAAGCAAGCAAAAUAUAUAUACAAACACAUAUGAAUAUAUUUAUUAAAAGCGUUUUAAAAUUUAAUUUUUUAAAUUUACAUUCGAUAGAAGAAAAACGACAAAAACAAAACAUCACCAGAUUAAGUAACAUUAUCAGUAACAAACGUAUUGCUAGUGAUCCAUAUACUGUAAAACAUAUGCCUAGAUCAUAUUUUAUAAAUUCCCUAUAUGCAUUACCGAAUACCUAAUACCUAUACCCGCAUCUAACGAAAAUAACAAACUAUGUACUUCCACAAAUUAUUCUGCAGUUCACUGGAUAUAGCCUUGAAUUGAAUAUUUGGCGCUCCAAAACCCAAAAGGCAUCUAGCCCACAUACCAACCACCCACCCAACCUAUCCGCAUAACCCGUACAGCAUCCCGUACAAUGUAAAUACUUCAGGAGAGUUUUCAAGAAAAUAAAAUAGUGUUUAACGUUC